ACAGCCGUGGUGGCUGUCGCCUGCCUCCUGGUCCUCUUCGUCUGGUACUGCUACCACGUGGGGCGGGAGCAGCCCCGCGCCUACACCACCGUCAACGCCCUGAUGCAGAGCGCGGAGGCCAACGGCGUGCAGAACGGCUUCGUCUACUGCCACUCGCCCGAGUGCGUGCGCUGCACGCCCCACGACGGGCUCAACCAGAAACUCUACCACAACCUGCAGGAGUACGCCAAGCGCUACUCCUGGUCCGGCAUGGGCAGGAUCCACAAAGGCAUCCGCGAGCAGGGCCGCUACCUCAACAGCCGGCCGUCCAUCCAGAAGCCAGAAGUCUUCUUCUUGCCGGAUUUGCCGACCAUGCCCUAUUUCUCCCGGGACGCUCAAAAGCAUGACGUGGAGUUGCUGGAGCGCAACUUCCAGACCAUCCUGUGCGAGUUUGAGACCCUCUACAAAGCUUUCUCAAACUGCAGCCUCCCGCAGGGCUGGAAAAUGAACAGCACGCCGAGCGGGGAGUGGUUCACCUUCUACCUGGUGAACCAGGGCAUGUGCGUGCCCAGGAACUGCAGGAGGUGCCCACGGACAUACCGCUUGCUCGGGAGCCUGCGCACCUGCAUCGGCAACAACGUCUUUGGGAACGCCUGCAUCUCCGUGCUGAGCCCGGGCACCGUCAUCGCAGAGCACUACGGACCCACCAACAUCCGCAUCCGCUGCCAUCUAGGUCUGAAGACGCCCAGCAACUGUGAGCUGGUGGUGGGGGGCGAGCCCCAGUGCUGGGCUGAGGGUCGCUGCCUGCUUUUUGACGACUCCUUCCUGCACACGGCAUUUCACGAGGAGGCUGUUCCGCUCCAGCUCUCCUGGAUUAACCAGCACCGGUCGCCGGUGGCGUAA